CAAUUUUUUUCAAUUGGCAAUGACUACGACAACACUCAACAAUGACACAAAACAAAAACUUGCCCCCCCAAUCCAACGCAAGAGGAGCCAAGACAAUCGACUAACAAAUCUUAUAAAAAAUCUCGAGGACACGGAAGCCAAGAACGUCUAACCCAGAAAUUUCCAUGCAACGCACGGCGCGAUACCAAUGAAGACGACGACCACGACAACGAAGACGAAUUCGACCAUCAGGAUUCUGUCAUGGAUGCCGUUGGUCCUGCUGAUAGCCAGCGGCCAUUUGGGCACCGUCUCCUCGCUAACGGAGAAGGUCAUUGAUCCCACAGGAGAAGUCACCGUUCUUUCCAACGACAGCCACGACCAGGGUGCAAACAGAAGCCUGCUGGACCUGGCCAUCGAUCAGAUAGACUGGCUCGUAUCGAAUGGCGGAGAAUUUGAUCGGACCAGGAUUGCCAUCCAGUCGGUCGAUUCGAGCGAGGAGGGCGAGGGGUGUUUGGCCAAUCCAAAUUUGGGAAUAGUAGCCACCGACGACAUCCGGAAAGGUGAUGUCCUGAUUCGGGUUCCGGUUUCUCUUGUCUUUUCGGACGGUAGGUACAUUGAAAGCAACACGACGGUUUUUCCGUCGGCUAGGGCCUUUCGAAUGCGGAGGACGGAAUGGUGGAUGGAUCGAUUUUGUAAUCGCUCGUUCUCACGAUCCGGUUGCCUUCUUUUCUUUGUUUGGCUGGUGGGUGCGUGCGUGCGAUUACAGAAUCGGACACCGACAGGUGUGAUGGCACGAUGACGCUUCUGCAAGAGGGAGACGGGGGGGACAACCAAUCCGAGUACGCACCGUACCUGGACUACAUUCACGGCAGGGACAGCCUCGGACCGAUUCCAUCGAUGUGGUCGCCCGCCGGCAGGGGCCUCCUGAAAACGAUUCACGGACCGAACCUGGCGCCCAGAGACAUUUCCGAUGUUUCGUACCUCCGCGAUUGUCUGGACGACGACGAAAGAACCGAAUUCGCCGAGGAAACCAUUCGACAAAAAAUCGAAUUCGCGUACGCAACCACCCUAAGCCGCUCGUGGGACGAAGAUUUGAUCCCCCUGAUGGACAUGAUCAACCACAGUAGCGAGCACAACGUUUUGAAGAGAGUGGUUUCGGAGGAAACAGAGGGAGACGACGACGACGACGACGAAUCGGAGGACCCGGGUGCCGUCGAAAUCUAUGCCACCAGAAACAUUGGCAAGGGCGAAGAACUCUUUCUCGACUACAUGGGACGGGACCGGGAUACCAAGCACAGCACGCCGGAACUCUUGCGGAAUUUUGGAUUUGUGGAAGACUAUCCGCAGCGCUGGGUCCUGCCCGUUCCCCAGAGGCGUUCCAAUACAGAUGCUAACAACGUCCCCGACGAGAUAUCCUUUGAUGUCCUGGAAGUCAGAGACGGUAGCAGGUACGAAGUGCGCUGGAUCGAUCCUAGCAUGCCCCUCAUUUUUGGCUUUGUUGUGGAGCACCUGCAGAAGGAGCAGACCCGGAUCGCAGAACUCGAGCCGCUCGUCGCCGAGACUACCGGAAGCCUGCCUCCCGGCGAGCGAGAGACCGUUGCGAAGUACUAUCGGUCGCUGCUCGUUGCGUACGAAGCCGCCGUUGGUGCCAUCCAAAAGGCAAUGGACGUGCUGCCGGCCCCCGAAGAAAACCCGGGCGAUCAGUUCAUGGCGUGCGAGGACUUUGAGGCUCUCUACGCCGAAGAAGACGGGUGGAAACUUACGCAUGGCUCGUAUUCAAGCCACCAAGGCGUCGACUAUUAUUCCAACGAAAAAAAGAAGGACGUUUGCUUGUUCCUGGAAGAAUACCUGCACGCGUGCAUUAGCAAUCGCCCGCACUACCAUGAAGUCUUUGUUCACUACCCUGCUUACUUUUUGGAAAAGGUGGAACGAGUUCUUUUCAUCGGCGGAGGAGAUUCCAUGGUGCUGCACGAGGUGCUGAAAUACGACGAGCUGGAACUGGUGGUCGGACUGGAGCUGGACCAGCACGUGGUGCGGUCGUCCUUUGCACACAUGGGGACGCAGCCCCACUUUCACAACGACAAGGUCGAGUGGUGGUUUGGCGACGCCGCCGUAGCUUUGAACGCACUCCAAACGGAGUACUACGGGACCUUUGAUCUGGUGGUCGUCGAUAUUUUAUCCGAAGUUGCGGAAAGUCUCCAGGUGACGGACGACGUCACGAUCAUGGAAGCCGCAAUGAUGCUGAUGAAACCAAACGGGAUCAUUGUGAAAAACGAGGACGAGGGAUACGUCCCCGGCAGCACGGAUACGACGAAAUUUACUAACCACAUAACGGAUGUUGUGUACUACGACGUUCCGGUCUACUGUCUCCAAACAUUUGUCAUGGGGAGCAAUGCCGUCGAUUUUUCAACGAAACAACCCUGGGAUCACAAGCUCUCGAACUUUUAUCUCGGAGGCGUCGACGACUUCCAAGCGCAAUUCGACACGUGGCACACGUCGGGGAAGGCAACGGAGGCCGAAGAUGACGAAGAGUUGGACGGGGAUGAUCCUAGCGACGAAUCUGCGAAUUCUCCCAACGUUAUUGGAUUGGUCAUGAUCAUCGAAGCGGAAGAGAUUUCGAUCGACCUAGACGUCCCGUCGAGCGUCCAGGAAAUCAUCCAAGAACAACUCGGGGCGGUUGGAUUCACGAUCACCGAGUCGUUCGAUCGCGAACUACUCGACGGAUUUACGCUCGUGUCGCUUCUCGAGGAAGGUUGCGUCACCGCCCGAUGUUUUGCCGAUGAAAAAUUCUGUGCCAUUGAUGUGCAGCUCUGGAAAAGCGCACACCGGGUAGAAUUGGUGAAGAAAAAGCUGCUCGCGGCACUUGGAAGCGAAGAGCAUUCUGUCUAUCGGGUCAUCACGGCCGGUAUAUAUGGGGUGGAAGAAAACGACAACAACCCCAAGAUUGGGCCUCCGGAAAAGAAAAGUGUGUUCGGCCAAGAUUCUGUAUCCGAGGACGAUGCUACGAAUCAACGCGAGAUCCAGACAGUAUUGGAAAAGAGAAAAAACACAACGAUAGACUUUAAGAAUGCCACGACGGACGAUUACGAUUCUACCACGGCGCUAGAGCAGUGGGAAUCGCAGGAGCCCCUGGGAUUGCAAGCUAUUAACAAGCUAGAGCUUCCCUUUGAAUAUACCAGGGAAAAACUCAUGUCGAUGGUGGUCGAUCUUCUACAAAGAGCCCUCGGAGAGUUGGUGGACGAAUGGGAGAACGACGACGAAGAUCAGAUAGUGGUGGAUUCCUACGACGUGGGGGAGGGCGCCAUUGUGCUUGCCACCUGGUCAGAGGGAACCAUUCUUUGUGUGUGGGAUGGGGACUCCCGCCUCGACAUCAACAUCUUUUCGCUCGAGGAGUCCGCUCCGGAAAUUUUCAGGAGUGUGCGAAACAACUUUCGGAUGUACCUCCAGCCGAUCGAAAAGGACCAAUUCCCCCGUGGGACGGGGCGGGUCAUCAACGAACGGAGGACGAUCUAUGGCGGGAAGCACCAAGACGGCAAGGAACGACCGCAUCCAUUCUGGGCCCCGUCACUCGAUGAGGAUGGCGACGACGAGGGUGACGACGAAAGUUAAACGACUCCUCCCGCUGCGAGAUGAGCCUUGUUCAUCCCGCACCAAGACUCAAAUCCCAUAACAGAAGUUUACACCAGUGCCGUAACACUUCAAAUCCAGUACUUGAUUUUUGAUUUUUGCAUAAGAAUACAUCUCAUUCAAAUGC